AUGAAGGAUUCAAACUCAAACUCAAAUUCAAGCUCAAGCACCAUUAGAACCGAACCCAUAGCCCAAAACAUAAUCAAACUCAUUAGCAACCUCUGUUUCUCAAUCUUCGUCUUCUCCGUUCUCAUCUUCACCGUCAUUGCAAUCACAUACCAGCCACCCGAUCCAUGGCUUCAAUCUUCCCCAGCUCUCACCAACCUCUUCACCCAAACCGAAAACUCUACUUUCCAUAUCGACACCUCCGUCAUCAAAACCGGCGAAGAUAUUCCUCUUUCCCCACAGGACUCGCCUCUACCUCUUCCUUCCUCCGCCGUCGCCGCUAAUGCAACCCCCGCCGUCUCCGAAGCUCUAAUUGAAAAAUCCGAGGAGAAAAUCGUCAAUUCCUCAACUACCUGUGAAGACCUUCCCGAAACCCUAAACUGCUCCGAUCCUCGGGUUCUUAUCACUAUCCAGAGAUUCAACCUCCGCGCUUUCAAGUCAAUUUCGUUCUUCGAGUAUCGAACUCCCGUGAACGGAACCGUCCCCGGCGAGUGCGACGUAUCCUGGAGAUUCCGUAACAAGAGAGAGAAAUCAUGGCGGAAGUACCGUGAUUUCCGCCGCUUUAAGAUAACUGUAACCGAUGACUGUCACUAUAAGGUUAUUCACGCUGGCAGGUUUCAUUCUGGCACUAAUGCACGUCGAAACCCGGUGCUCCAGCCAAGAACAGGAGGCAGUAAGGGGAAAACCGUGCCGCAAAUUGCGGCACGAGAUGAUGAGAUCAAUGAUACAAUCCCGACGUUGGGAUCGGAGAGUAAUUUCAGGAGUGGUAAGUAUUUGUAUUACUCGCGAGGUGGUGAUUAUUGCAAGGGUAUGAAUCAUUAUAUGUGGAGUUUUUUGUGUGGUUUGGGGGAAGCUAUGUAUUUGAAUAGAACUUUUGUUAUGGAUUUGAGUGUUUGUUUAGGUUCAAUGUAUAACCCUAGUAAUAAAGAUGAGGAAGGGAAGGAUUUUAGGUAUUACUUUGAUUUUGAGCAUUUGAAGGAGGUGGCUUCUAUUGUGGAAGAAGGUGAGUUUUUGAGAGAUUGGAAGAGAUGGGAUAAGACUCAUCUCAAGAAAAGGAAGGUUCCUGUUAGGAAAGUUGUUACUCACAAGGUUACUCCUAUGCAGCUUCAGAAAGAUAAGAGCACUGUCAUUUGGAGGCAAUUUGAUUCCCCUGAGCCUGAGAAUUAUUGGUAUAGGGUUUGUGAAGGUCAAGCUGCUAAGUAUAUUCAGAGACCUUGGCAUGCUUUGUGGAAAUCUAAGAGGUUGAUGAAUAUUGUUACUGAGAUCAGUGGAAGAAUGGACUGGGAUUUCGAUGCAGUUCAUGUGGUGCGCGGGGAGAAAGCUCAAAAUAAAGAGCUGUGGCCUCAUUUGGAUUCUGAUACUUCGCCGGAUACACUUCUUGAGAAGCUGAAAGGGAUGGUACAGCCUUGGAGGAAUUUGUAUGUUGCCACGAAUGAGCCGUAUUAUAACUACUUUGAUAAGUUGAGAUCGAGUUUCAAAGUUCAUUUGCUUGAUGAUUAUAAGGAACUGUGGGGAAAUUCAAGUGAAUGGUACAAUGAAACCAGUCUUCUCAACAAUGGAAAGCCGGUUGAGUUUGAUGGGUACAUGAGAGUUGCGGUGGAUACGGAAGUCUUUUACCGUGGAAAGACUCGGGUUGAAACAUUCUAUAAUUUAACUAAUGAUUGCAAAGAUGGAGUUAAUACAUGCUGA